UACGGGGUCAUUGAAAGGAGAUGAUAAUUAGUUUCACUUCCCCUCUUUCAUUCUGCCGCAGUUACAGACAGAAGCUUAACCCGGGCUCGCUGACCUCCUAUAUGGUCAGCUUCGUCCUCUCCAAUCGCCAGGGCCAGUCUCCGUUCAUCCGAGGCAAGACCAUCGUUCAGACCCUCACUGCCUUUUUCGCGUCGGCGGAUGCGACCAUCACCAUGGAGCACACGCCCAUUUGGUUCAAGAACAACCGCGGACAAAUCGUCCUUAUGGAGGGGUGUGAAAAACACAUCAUUGUGGAAGAAGCGAAACAAAUAUGGAGCAAGAUGAAAUCGCUGGGCCCAACCCAGGAGAUGGCGCACCGAAUGACGCACGACGGUUACUUGAAACUUUGGCAACUCCAGAAGCCUUCUCUUUCCAACUACGAUGCCAUCUUGGUGGAUGAGGCCCAAGAUUGCACCCCCGCGGUUAUGGAUAUUGUCCUCUCACAAACAUGCGGAGUGAUCUUGGUAGGAGAUCCACACCAACAGAUUUACACCUUCCGGGGUGCUGUCAACUCACUUUCGAAUGUGCCCCACAGCCGCAUCUUCUACCUGACCCAGAGUUUUCGCUUUGGCUCCGAAAUAGCUUACGUCGGCGCGACCCUUCUGGAUGUUUGCAAAAAAGUCCGGAACAAAAUCCUGGUGGGGAACAACCAGGAAGGUGAUGUCAGCGGAGUCGGCGUGGAAGGCAAAGUGGCUCGCUUAUCCCGGAACAACCAAACCGUCUUUGAGGAUGCUGUGAACGUUACAGGUGGAGACUCACCUGCUAAGAUACACCUGCUGGGGGGUCUUAAAGCUUUUGGACUGGACAAGAUUCAUGAUCUCUGGAAGCUCCUUCACCCCGAACUGAAACUGGAGAUAAAGGAUUUCUUCGUCAAGAGGUGGGUUGAGAAGGGCUUGGCCGGCAUCAGGGACUACGCUAAAAAAGCAGAAGACAAACAACUGGAAAUAAAAAUUGGAAUUGUGGAGAAAUAUCGGGAACGUAUUCCGGAGCUGCUGGAGAGAAUAUCCCGGUGCCAUGUCUUGGAUCCAAAAGAUGCAGAUUACAUCCUGGGGACGGUGCACAAGGCCAAAGGGCUGGAAUUUGACACCGUCCAAGUUGCGGGCGACUUUGUGAGCAUCCCAUUUACAUGGCCCUACCCUGGAAGGUUGCCACGGAGUAUACCUGCCGUCCCAGAGGCUAUUCCGGAAGAUGAGUGGAAUUUGAUGUACGUCGCUGUCACUCGAGCCAAGAAGCGUCUUGUCAUGUCCAGAUAUCUUGCUGAUAUCCUUAAAGUCGCUAAGGAAUACUACGUACGCUUUGAAUUAACGGAGGAAGUUUGCAAGAAUAUGUCGCUUUGGUGUUCAGAACAGCGCUGCUGCAACGCCAUCCCAGCGGAUUCUGUGCUAAUCCCCAAAAGGAUCAAUUUUGUUUACGUGGACGGCACCAAAACCCCCGAGGGAUUACUUUGCCAUUCUUGCGCAGCGUGGACUCUUGGACCCAUUGCACAGCUCACAGGAUCUCCCACGACGGAGCAGGACGCAGCCUGUCCCCCGGAAAACAUCGAGGUUCCAUCCGUGGCUCGCAUCCUCCUCGAAAGCCUUUUGAGUUCUUAAGGAAGGAAGGGAGAAAAGAAAGAAAAGAAAAAGAAAGAAAGAAAGAAAGAAAGAAAGAAAGAAAGAAAGAAAGAAAGAAAGAAAGAAAAGAAAAAGAUUGCACUGGAUGUUUUUUAAGAAAAAACCAAAGCAAAGAAUUGUAAAAAAAAGGACGCGAUAAGUCCACGACCACGAGAUUUUUGUUGCCAAGGGAGACGGAUGUUACGUGAAUUUGGACCCCUUUUUAUGACCUUUCUCCUGAGUUGUAAAGUGAAUCUCCGCCGUUGUUCAGGGAGGAACUUUGCUUGUCGGAAGGGCGCCAAAGAGGGUCACUGACCGUGGGACACAUUCGCGACCGUCCUAAAUAUGAGCCAGUUGCCAAGCAUUGGAAUUCUGCUCACGUGACCAGAGAGGCUGCUGUAACUGUGCGAUGUGAAAAACAAUCGUCCUCACUUUUUUUUCCCCCAGUGCCGUUGUAACUUUGAACGGUCACUGAAUCAUCCUCAUAAACCCUUGAAUCGGGGUGGGGGAGUCUGGGCAA